AUGUACCUGCAAAACCACCGCUGCAAGGUCACGGGCAGCACGCCCACCAAGAAUCUCGGCACUCCCAACCCCCCCGCCUGGUGCCGCCACGAGCCCAGCAAGUGCGUCGCUGGUCCCAAGCAGAUGAUGGCAUGGAACCAGCUAGAGGGUAACAACGUCGACGCUCCCCAGAGCAAGACGCCUACUUACAAUCAGAACAUGGGUUUCUUCGACGGC